GCAGCCGCAGCCGCAGCCACAGCGGCCGUCAAACGUAACUGCGAACAGUUUGGAGCACGACGAGGAGGACUACUACAACGACACGAUGUUCACGGCAGUGCGUGGCGGCAUCGGAGGCAUCGGGGGCAUCAAUAAUAAUUUGUUCGAGCUGACACGUGAUAAGGAUGGACGUAAUGGCAGAAAGGCGGCCAAGACGACGGCAACAACAAACAAGACAACAAUGCGAGGCGGCGGAGCUGCGGGCAAGACAAGAUACUUUGAAGUGCCCGAUUUAAUUAAUCGAAAUAUUGAUGAGGGCAAUGAGCGACUGUUGGAUACUGACGAAGAUGAUGAUGAUGAUGAUGAUGAUGAUGAUGAUGAUGAUGGUGAUGAUGAUGACAUGGAAGUAGGCAGAGAUGGGGGCACUAUCAUUAUGCCAGACUUCGGAUCCAGCAGUGAGAAACAUGCAGAAGCCGAUAAUUGGCAAAAGCUGGGCACCCUGGAUAAGGCGCGCAGCAAGACUACAACAGCAAGGACCAGCACUAGGGCAACAACUACAACAACAACGAUAGCUACUACAACCACAACAACGAAAGCAACGACAACCACAACAACAACAACACAGGCACCAACAACAACAGCAGCAACAGCCGCAACAGCAGCAACAGAAAUUACAACCAGGCAACAGCAAUUGCCACACCAGCAACAUCAGCACAAGCACAGUCGCAAGCACCACAAACAGCACCACAAGCACCGACAACAACAACAACAGCAGCAGCAGCAGCCACGUCGCCAUCAUGUGACGUCGCAUGAGCAGGCGCUGCAGGAAAGCUAUAUGAAGCAGCGAGAGGAGGAGCAGCAGCAGGAGGAGACUACGACGCGGGACAGCAGCAUUCAUCGUGUGCGCACCGAAGUGUUGCCAGAUUUAAUAAUUCCCUCGACGCCGAUUUCCACCAAUUCCAAGAUAAUCGCCAUCAAGCCCAAGACGCAGAAGCGACGCAUUUCCAAGCGCGCCGCGGCCAAGUCGGGCGUCGAAAUCGAGCCGGAAUAUAUGCUGGGCGACAGUGUCAUCAACUCUAGUGAGUUCAUAGCCAAGUCGAGCGAGCAGCAGCAGCUGGACGACGACUUGGAUCUGGAUCUGGACGAUGCGGACUUUCAGGCGCUGCCAACUGUUACGCCAGCUGCUGCUCCUGCUGGCAGCAGCAAUAGCAACAACAACAACAACGAGUACGUCCGUCUUGACGGCUUUGCCGGCAUGCUGCAGUUGUUCUUUGGCAUCGAUAAGCCCAUCGACGUGGCCAUCUUCGCCCAGCCACCGAGUGCGGAGUUUGUCAACCUUCUCUGCGCGCUGCUCGUGUGGUCGGUGCGUUAUCCGGCCGUCUUCUGGAACACGUCCAAAUCGUUUGCCUGCGUCUUCAGCCUGCAGAUGAUUGUCGCUGCCUUGGACGUCAUUCUCGGCUACGUGGGCGUCUCCAAUCUAUACAAGCUGCAAAUCUAUGCGGAAGCCAUGCCGGUGCAUCAGCCAGGUCUCAUUCUGAAUGCCACCGUGAGCCUGGCUCUCUAUCUGCUGGCCACAGCGCUCGUGCUGGCCUCUUCGAUGGUCAUGUACCUGUAUGGACACGGCAGGCUAGCCACACGCAUGCGAGACCGUUCCAUCAUCACGCUGAAGGCGAGCCAAACGUGGAUCUACUUCGCCCACUGCGCAUCCCUGUGCUUCGUCCUGGCCCUGGCCGUUGUCAAAGGCCCACUGCUAAAUGACCUCAGCGCCACCUACAAGAACAAUCUGCAUUGUCCAACCUUCUUGGCAGCUUUGGUGGGAGUAAUCCAUUUGCUGCUGUGGAUUGUCGUCUGGCUCUGUUUGACCAUCAAGCGACGCUGGCACUUUAAGCUGCCCCCGCUGGAUCACACGUAUGGCGGUCUGCUGAACAAGGCCAGCGCGCAGCCCCUGCUCAUGUCCAGCGGUCAACGCACGGGCAGCAAUUCAAGCAGCGGCGGCAACUCGACGAGCACCACGGUCAAUGGCAUGGACUGUGCCACCUCCAAGCCGGACAUGAUGAGCACGGCCACGAGCACGGAACUGGGCGUGGGCAUGAGCAUGGGUCUGGUGGCCCAGGAGGACAUCUACUGGCCGAAGCUGACGCCCAGCUCGCCGAAGCUGAAGGUCACCUUCAACGAAGUUACGAGUACGUCUGAUGAUGUCCUACUAAUUGGUGACCAAGAACAAACUGAUGGCAAGCGCCAUACGAGCCGUGGAACCUCGCUAUGUUUUGCCAGUUCUACGGGGGAAAUUGACGACGGCGAGUACGCGACAUUAAGGGCGGCCACCGCCGGCGCCGUUGUGGGCAUCACCAUGGGCAGCAUAAAGAGUAAUAGCAUUGGCGUGAGCGUGGGCGUGGGCGUGGCAAAGGGCAGCGGCAGCGUCAUAAGCGGCCUGCUGCACCUCAGCGAAUACGAUGAGCUGGCGCCUCCGUCAUCCGUCAGCCAGCAGCAACGGCCACACGCCCACGACUAUGCCAAUCUGAGCGGGCUGGGCGGCGUCAGUGAUGAUAAUAUCUCCGAGGAGGGCAAGUUGUUGGCUUGCGUGCGCGACGACAGCAUUACCUAUGCAUCCACGCGCGAUCUGGAGCCGCCGCAGCCAGCAACAGUGCCAGCAGCAGCGGCAUCACCCCCGCCGCCGCCCCCACCGUUGCCCGUGAAAGGUGCGCCAGUGCCACAGCCGCCCAGCGUGCAGCAUCCACAUCAUCCCAGUUACGGACGCGCCCCACAGGCCAUGCCCGAGAUCAUGCAAAUUUCACCCGAGCACAAGUCACAGCCCCAGCCCCAGCAACAGCCACAGCAACAACAGCAGCAACAGCAGCAACAGCAACAGAUGCAUCAACAGCAACUACAUCAUCCUCUGCAGCAACAUCCGCAUCCACUGCAGCAGCAGCAUCAUCUAGUCAACCCUCUGGCCCCGGUCACCGUCGCUGUGCACACCCAUGAGGCUCAAAUCGCCUCCAGCUCCACACCCCGCUGUCUGCGGCGCGCCGACUCCGGCGUGCCCAACGAGGCGCUCACACCCCGCAGCGACACCAACUCGAUCAGCGAGAGCACCAACACCACCUCGCCUCCAGAGCGCGCUCCCUCCGAAUCCUCCAGCGGCGUGCACUCGGGCGAGGAGCGUGAACUGGAAGUCAUCAUCCGGCCGCGAGUCAGCUGCAAGGCGCCGCCACGCCCACCUCAGCCGCCCAUACAGGAGGAGCCGUACGGCCGCUGCACUAACAUGCGCAUGUCCAGCUUCAACGCCGACCCAGCCGCCAGCGUCAUCAACAGCGCCACGUUACCUCUGCAGCGCAGCGCACCUGAGCAGAAAUUCGACUACACGGCCCACUGCAGCACGAUGCCCCUGCCGGCGGGCUGCCACAGCCAGCAGCUUGCCAACGGCAACGGCAGUGGCAACGGCAACAACAACGGCGGCUAUGCCUCCACCUCGGCCAUGACCAGUUCCAUGGGCCCGCCCUCGCAGGUGUCCACCUUCAAGACGCCCAGCAUGCACUAUGCCAAUGCCGCCGUCGCCCUCGGCUCCUCCGUGCCUCAUACGACGCUGCCCAACGGGGUGCGCUACUCGAAUCCACACUUCCUGCGCCGAUUGCCGCACGUGAGCAAAGCGGCAGAGUCGCCGUAUGGACACCUCGGCUACGGGGCAGCCCAUCACGCCUUCAGUAAGCUGCCACACGAGACGCACCCGACCAUCCACGAGGAUCGAGACUCGGCCAACUACUCCAUGGCCUCGGACCAGGACUGCGGACUCUACGUCACGGCGCAGCUGCACUAAGCACCUAAUAUAUCGAACCCAGCUAUAGUUCCCUAGAAUCGGAAUACCGCAUACAAGCAAGCUUAAGCAGAUAUAUAAAUAUAUAUACAAAUGUACUUUAAUCAUAAGUGUAUAGAAGCCUCAAAUCUUAAAUCUUCCACCAACACUCGACAACUUCAGCUGGCAUCAUCACGGCUUGCUCAUUGUCAAGGAGCUCCCUUGCUGAGCUCUGACCGAACCCUGAUGAUGCCUUCUGAUUAACUAGCAGAAGUAAACCUAAGUUUCCCUAGAUAUUCUAUUAUUUGCCUGAAUAACAAACAUCUACCG